GCUUUCAAUGGAAUUGUCACAUCGAGACCUUUGAACAAAGGCCAGUGGAGGGAAAACCCUGUUCGAAUUAUUGUUGAAAAAUUUCCAGUGAGCCACAUUGGCAAGUAGGAGCAAAAUGGACUGGGAUGGCAAGUCGGACGGCUCGACAAGCAGCCAAAUUAGCGAUUCCGAAGAUGCAAAGUCGAAGGUUAAGGGGAAAGUAUCCCCGUUUGUUAGGAAGCGAAGGGGAUACGAUGCCUUCGAGUUUUUCCUCAAUGACUACCGCAGGUAUCGAGGUGGUAAGCCCGGAGACUCCGCAGUGGAUCUCCGAAGGAAGGCUUUUCGGGCUUGGCACCGAUUGGCUCCCGAACUGAAGCUCCAGUAUCUGAUAAAUACGAGAAUUCAGAUAAGUCGGGAGCGAAAACUCAGGGCACUAGCACUGAAAAACAAGUCCAAGCUAAAUGCAAUGGAUAGAACAACGAGGUGCAGCGAUACCAAGACCAAGUGCAAAGUCAAAGUGGUGGACACUUCUCCGAGAAGCACGCGUCACAAGAUGGUGGCUCGACGACCCACUCCGUGGCCAUUCCUCCAGAAAAAAAUACCCAUUCAAAGGCGAACUCCUUGUUGCAGAGGAAAAAGCAAUCCAACUUGAAGUGAUAAGUGAUCAUUUUUUGUAGUGAAUCUAUAUUGUUUUUUUUUUAUAUAUCAAAAUAUAUCUGCAUAUGCUCUGCUAA